GGGGGGGCGGCGAGCUUGGCACGGGAACGAACGCCUUCGCGGAUAGCAGAAGGACAGUAGCGAGCGUGGGAGUUCCCCUUCCCGGGUCGGUGGCACCCGCUGUGUUUGACGAAACACAGGGAAAGGAUGGCCGGGGAGGCACGAGCGUCGAGGGGGAGCGGUUGGUCAACGCACUCACCUUCGGGUCUUUGGGAAGUGGUACCAACAAGGUGUAUCAAAGGAUGUGGAACACGUGGAAGGAGGCUCGUGCAGGGGCGGGUUUGGGCCCGUGGCUCCGCGAGUGCGAUGGGGUGGAAAGUGCACUUCAGAAAUCUGGGCGGACGACUCGGGGCUCGUGCACUCGGAUUUUUGUCUUAACAAGAGGAAACCUGGGUUUCUUUUGCGGUCCGGUAAGGGUUGCGUGGGCAGACCGGAGGCAGGCUAGCCGAGUGGAAGUCACGUUCAGAGCUUCAAAAGCAGAUCAAAAGCGUUUGGGAGCAACCGUCACUAGAUCGGGAGAAGCGUUGAACGUGUUACUCGAUAUCUUAGAUCUGCACCCCGAGCUUGGGAGUCAUGCGCCGUUGACGCAAUCGUGGGCACAAGACAGGUGGAAGGUUAUUUCGAGGGCAGAGGCAUCGAGACACCUCAGGUUACUCGUGAGUGCGGCGGGUAGAGACCCACAGAAGUAUGCGUUGCAUUCAGGAAGGAUUGGGGGGGCCACGCACCUAGCAAGUAUGGGGGCGUCGGUAAUCCAGAUCCAGAGAGCCGGGAGGUGGAAAUCAUCGGCUUUUAUGGUGUACGUUAGGGCGGGGGGUGAAGGAGCAAAGUUCGUGUCUCAGGCCCUAACGGAACCCGUGGAGUGACCAGGGAGCGGUUCGGAGGAGUAGGUCAUCGGACAUGCUCAAUGGAGUAAGAUGUGUUUAGGCCAGAGGCCGAGACAAUAGUUAUGAUAGGAGGGCAAUCUUGCGAAGUUUGCAACGGGUUAGUCCGAUUAGAAAACGUUGGGAGCAAGACGGCAUUUUCCCUUCGCUCUCGAUUUGUUUCAUGUGUCUUGGUUUUUUUUUGGUUGCCUGCAGAAAAAAAUAAUCCAGAAUUCUUGAACAAACAAAAACGAGAAGAUUCAGUACGUAUUGGAAUCUGUGGUUUGUGGAGGCGUGUUGGAAUUCGGAAAAGCGGGGAUCGAUGAUAAAUAGAGACAGCCCUGGUGUCAGGAAGCUUUUGUGCUCUCGCUGGGCGAGAGGCAAGCAAGUGCAUUUGAGAGAAGGAGAGGGGUAGCAGAGAUAGCAGCUUUGAGGAGCAGCAAACACGGAGUGCCGCCUAGGAUUUGAUCGAUUUUCCCGCCCACCCACACCUAUCGCUCAAGAGAGGGGGGAGCAUGGGGGGGUCUAGUCGGUUUGUUAUGAGUAAGAUGUGUUUAGGCCAGUGGCCGAAACAAUAGUUGCGAAGGUGUACCGAUUCAGAAUUUACCCUCAACUGGGAACCUCGUGUGGCCAGGAUGGGUAAUUCGAUGGAAGUGUCACAAGGUUCUUUGUAGGAUCGACUCCAAAAGGUCUUCUCAGGACUGACACACAUUGUGUCCUUGGGAAAAUAUCCAAGUCAGGAGAAAAAGUGUGCACCCAAGAAGAUUCGAACCAGUAUCCAGCUGACGACGUGUGCGGAGGUGUACCGAUU